AUGAACGGAAACCGCGUGCCUUCAGCUUUGGUACUGAGUGCUUUUUGCUUCGCAGCCCAGGCCACAGCACAUGGCAUCGCUUCAGCUCUUGUCGUAGGAAGCACCUUCUACGACGGUUAUAAUCCUAGCUACCAGUAUAAGAACCCACCCCCGACAGUGGUGGGCUGGUCUGUACCUGAUGAUCUCCAGAAUACCUUCAUCAGCCCCGACAAGUUCGGUACGGCAGAUAUGGUAUGCCACCUGGGCGCGAAGCCCGCCGGGGCCGCCGUGCCAUUAAAGGGAGGCGAUGUCGUCGAGGUGCAGUGGACGCCAUGGCCUGCCUCGCACAAAGGUCCCGUUAUCGAUUACCUUGCCAACUGCAACGGCCCCUGUGAAACCGUCGACAAGACCAAGUUGAAGUUCUUCAAAAUCCAAGAGGUCGGGUUCAUCGACCCAGCAUCCGAUUUGUGGGCAGCAAAUGUCCUCGCGAGCAACAACAAUAGCUGGUUAGUGAGGAUCCCAUCAGAUAUCGCUCCAGGGAACUACGUCCUCCGCCACGAGAUCAUCGCCCUGCACGCUGCAGGCGGCACGAACGGGGCACAAGCCUACCCCUUUUGCUACAAUCUUGCCAUAGACGGCACAGGUUCGGCGAAACCGGACGGUAUUCCAGCGACGCAGUUCUACAAGGCCAACGACCCUGGAAUCAAGUUUGACCUGUUUAGCCACCCGACGACAUAUGUCAUCCCAGGUCCACCCUUAUACACCGGGGCUCUUUCUGUCAGUCAAUCGAAAGGCGCCAAGAUCACGGCGACUGCCAGCGGCGUGUAUGCCUUCACGGCGGCGCAACACAAGAUUCGCCAAGCUGUAACUACGACUCCCACCUCGUUUGCAACAUCGACGAGAACGAAUGUUGGGAUCACUCUACCUGCGUUUGCACUACCCACAGAAACUUCGGUCACAACAUCUUCUGGACUGCCCGCCACGCUUCCUUAUAUCGAGUAG